UGCAAAAAUACAUUCCAUUUGCAAGUUUUGGUUAGAGCUAUGCUUAUUUGAACGUCCAGCUUCUCCCUGUCUUUGACUUGAGCCAACACAUCUCAUCUUCCAAUAAGGCUUCCCCUUGUUGAUCCACACCGCCAUGUCACAACCCGCCGACACGCUCAAGGCCAAACCUGAGGAACCAGGUCUUGAUGCAGCUACAGGCCACAAAUCUGCACCCGAUACAGACUACCUCUCAGCUGUCGAUGCUCACCAGUACGCAGACAUGACAUCCCAACCCUCAUCGCCGGGCUACAGUCUCUUGUCACGAACAACUUCUAAUGGAAGCUUGAGCGAGCCCGAUGACGAGAGCUUCCCUCCUCUCGACCGUCUCACCAUGUUCGACAUACUCGAGAACCUCGCCUUGCCUCAAAGACUCGAACGCUUCCAGCAAUCUCUCACGGCUCAGAAAGACAAGGUUCGCCGACAGCAACAAAAGCUCAGGGUGUCCAGCAUCACAGCAAAGGACAAGAUGGUCGAAGAGUGGAGACGUCGCGUGCCUACGCCCGACGAACAGCUCGACAAGUACAAGAGACGUAUGCGGGACAAUGUCGACAGACUGGGUAAGAAGUGGAACGACGCCAAAGCAGUCACGCUGCGUGAGAAGCUCUCCUUCAUCACCGGCGUCCUCAACAUCUUCAUCUCUGGUUACCUUAUCGGUGCAUACCCCGAGUACUUUCACAUCUGGUACACGGUUCAACUGGUCUACUUCAUGCCUAUGCGCUACUACAAGUAUCACCAGAUUGGCUACCACUACUUCCUUGCCGACUUGUGUUACUUCGUCAACCUCCUCAUGCUCCUGACCAUGUGGUUCUUCCCUGGGAGUAAGAGAUUGUUCAUCAGCACCUAUUGCCUGGCCAUGGGAAAUAACGCUGUUGCAAUUGCUAUGUGGAGAAACUCCCUGGUCUUCCAUUCCUUGGACAAGGUCACAAGUCUCUUCAUCCACAUCAUGCCCUGUGCUACGCUCCACUGUCUUGUUCAUCUGAUUCCCAAAGAGUUGCAGAAAGAGAAGUUCCCGGCUAUUUAUAGCAUUAGAUACUCGUCCCCCUCCUCUCCUGAACACUACACUCUUGGCGGCAUGAUCAUCUGGGCCACCGUCCCCUAUGCUUGUUGGCAGCUUAGUUAUCACUUCCUGAUCACUGUUAGAAGAAAGGAGAAGAUCGCUGCUGGACGUCCUACAUCGUUCACCUGGCUGCGCAAGUCUUAUGCGAAGAAUCCUCUGGGCAAAUUUGUUAUUUCACUUCCUGAAGUUCUUCAAGGACCUGCCUUCAUGCUCAUCCAGUACUCUUAUGCACUCGUCACAAUGGUGCCGUGCCCCAUUUGGUUCUGGUAUCGCUGGGCCAGUGCAGGCUUCCUCAUGGUUGUCUUUACCUGGGCCACCUACAACGGCGCCACCUUCUACAUCGAUGUGUUCGGUCGCCGCAUGGAGAAGGAGUUUGAGGCUCUCAAGAAGGAAGUCGCAAAGUGGCAAGCUACUCCUGAUGGCAAGCCGAUCCUGGACGAGGCCGACCCUGCUGUCAAGGCUGCGAAGAGUGAAUCGAAUCUUCACAUCUCGGAGAGCGUCGAUGGUGUUGAUCCUAAAGAUGGUUCAACCUCGCGCGAUAGUGCUGCAAACACUGAAGGCAUUAGACAGAGAUGAUUCAUGAUUAUAGAUGGUACUUGGGGAUGGUUGGUCGGUGGUAACAGUCCUUAGGAGUUUCAAGCUGGAUACCCUUUAUGUACUAGACACUUGUUUUCGAGCAACAAAUCAUCAGAAUGCAUUUGAGAGGACUAAACUCCUGCCGCACCC